AAAUCACCGGUAACAACAAUGGCGGCGCCCAUUAUCCGAGUGGGUAGCACUGAUAAAGAAGUUUCAAAAGAUUUGUGUCAGUUUGUUAUUGACAAAGCAACUUCUUCAAUACAAGAAAAGGGGCUAUUUACAGUUGGAGUUUCAGGAGGAAGUUUAGUUAAAUAUUUGUGCAAUGGUUUGCCUUCAUUCACAACAGACUGGACAAAAUGGAGAAUAUUUUUCUGUGAUGAAAGACAUGUAUCAUAUGACAAUUCAGAGUGUACAUACAGUUUAUAUAAAAGUGGACUUGUUGAUAAAGUUGGUAUGCCUCCAGAAAAUAUAUUUCCCAUAAACCCAGACCUAUCAGUUGAAGAUGCAGCUGUUGACUAUGAGAAAAAGAUACGAUCGGUUUUCCCAGGAACAGAUAUUCCAAGAUUUGAUUUGUUACUGUUAGGAAUGGGACCAGAUGGUCAUACAUGCUCUCUUUUUCCUGGACAUCAACUAUUGGAAGAAAAGACUAGAUUGAUAGCUCCAAUAAGUGAUUCACCGAAACCUCCUCCCUCACGUGUUACCAUGACUUAUCCUAUUAUUAACAACAGCUCAUAUGCUGUGUUUGCAUCAUGUGGAGAGGGUAAAGCUGAUAUAGUCCAGAGAGUUUUAGAAGGAAAGGAAGACGUUCUUUUACCAGCUGCCCGUGUCCAGCCGACCAAUGGAGAAGUAAUUUGGUAUUUAGACAAAGGUGCUGCAUCCAAAAUGAAAAACAUUUGACUAAGAAAGUCAAUUAGUAAACUAUAGUAUUUACAUGCUUUCCGAAUCUGUUAAAGUACACAUAUGCAUAAUAAAGACAUAUUUUACUAGUAUAUAUUGUCAUACAUUCUUGAUAUUUCUUUUAAACUGCUUACAUUCUCUUCCAAUCUUACAAACUGUUGUAUAUAAUCCAGAUUAGUUUGAAACUUAUCCCUUAUGUUUUAGCAUUAUGAUAAGAAUCUUAAUAUUCCGUCAUGGGAAAUAAAAAAAUGGAACAUUUGUUUCAUAAUUUUGUUAUUAAAUACUGAAUAUGAACUAAAUGAGUAUAUUCUUAUAUGCCUCAAUUUAUUAAGCAUUUAUGUAAUAAACUGUUAACACAA